AUGAAGACCACAUCUUUUGUCGAAAUUUCUGAUGAUUUAAGAGAGUACUUCGGAAAUUACGUCCAAUCACGAGAAGUAUCUUCCAAUGACACGAAAUGUGAUAUUGUUAACGGAAGGUUUGCAAUGGAGGAAUUAAACAACCUUACACGAUUGUGGAUAUUGUGCGGAAUUACAUGCUAUCAAUGUGGCUUAAAAUGUGUUAAAAAUCGUGAACACGAAGAUGAACAUGAUUCUGGACAUGAAGGCAUGCACUAUUGUAAAGAUUUAGGAAGGCAUCGACAUGUUGAUUAUUGUCAAAACGAAAUGGCUUGUAAAUCUGGACAGGAUAUUCAGCUUAUUAAUAAUAAUGAAAAACCUAUUAAUGAUCAACCGCAAGAUCUCAUUUAUCAUAGUAACGUACAGGUUUUAAAGAUCCUUAUUCUUGUUCAGGAACAACAAGAGAUUGCAAAAUGUGAUCACGAAUGUUCCGAUGAAAAACAUUCUCAAGGGUCUACAAACGCCCAAAUUAAAUCAUUUUGUGAAUUGCCACUUUUCCAUGCUCCAUUCGAUCCAAGAACACUCCAAAUAACUAUGGACAUAUAUCUUCAGAUGGGCAUUAUUAUAAUUCCUUUACCGUGGACUUUUAUUUUUAAGGAAAUAAAAGCAAAUCAUAAUAACAGACUCGGUGCAGCGGUAUACCAAUUUAUGGAAACACGUCUUACUUCCACUCAAGAAAACCAGAAUCAAUUGUCACCCACUUUGCGUGAUAGCAUUUCAUUAAUCCUGUUUGAUCAUAAUGUUAUCCUGGUGAUUUUAUUCUGUUCUUAUUUUGAUCCUACAGAGAAAAAUGUCAUUAUUCUCUUAUCUGAUGGGGAAUGUGGUAUUCCAACAACUCAACUUAAAAUUAUUUGUAAGAUGAAUAAAAUUGUAUCAAUUAACAACGAUUCACAAAGUCAACCAUUAGAAGAGAUGGCAACCUUAAGUGAAGCACUUGAACCGUCAGGUGGUUUUGCUGUUCGUAAGUAUAUUUAA